GGCGCUGGGCGUGGCCUAGAGGAGACGCCGACCCGGAAGUGUGCGCUGGGCGCGGCCUGAGAGCGUUUCCGGCAGCUGAGGAGAGCGGAGCGUCGCGCUAGGCCCAGGCCGGAGCCUCCGGAGCUAUGUGAGGAGGAGAGAGGCGGCUCAUCCCCGGCAGAAACCCGAGCAGCAGACAAGAUGGACAGCAACAGCUUCAUCCAGUUCGAUGUGCCAGAGUACAGCAGCACAGUCCUGAGCCAGCUGAAUGAACUGCGUCUGCAAGGGAAGCUGUGUGACAUCAUCGUCCACAUUCAGGGCCAGCCGUUCCGCGCACACAAGGCAGUCCUCGCUGCCAGCUCCCCGUACUUCCGCGACCACUCGGCACUAAGCACCAUGAGUGGCUUAUCCAUAUCGGUCAUCAAAAACCCCAACGUCUUUGAACAACUGCUGUCGUUCUGCUACACUGGAAGAAUGUCCGUACAGCUCAAGGAUGUCGUCAGCUUCCUAACGGCGGCCAGCUUUCUGCAAAUGCAGUGCGUCAUCGACAAGUGCACUCACAUCCUGGAGAGCAUCCACUCAAAAAUCAACGUGGUAGGAGCCGGUGGAGAAGAGAGCCAGAUCAACCACAACGGAGUCAAAGACGACAGUUACUUCGCCAACCCGGUAGAUAUAUCUCCCCCUUACAGCGGGCAGGUGCGGCAGUCGAUCAUAGGCAAUGACUUAAAGCUAGAUGGGAUCGCUAACAAAGGCGCAAGGAGCCGUCCUCAGGAAGAGGGUCAGUCGGACAGAGGCAGUAGCGGUAGCAUUUCAGAACACGAAAUUCAGGUAGAAGGAGAUCCGGAACACGGUGACGUGGUGCGGGAGAGCCAGUCUGCUGAAGUCAAAGUAAAGGCGGAAAAAUCCGAUCGGCCAAGUUGCUCAGACAGCUCCUCGUUGGGUGAUGAUGGUUACCACACUGAAUUAGUUGACGGUGAACAAGUGGUGACGGUGAAUGUAGGCACCUACGGGUCUGUAUUGCAACAUGCGUAUUCAUAUUCUCAAGCUGCUUCCCAAACUACCAACCUCUCUGAGCCGUACAGUAGCAUAAGCACCUCCAGCCCUUCCAGGUCCAUGCUUAGCUGCUACCGAGGUGGCCGGGCGCGGCCGAAGAGAUCGCCGGCGCUAACCGCCGAGGUUCACAACGUCAUUCAGAGCCCUGAAAACGAAACGGUGGUGAGUGCGCCAAGUUACGAGAGCAGCCCCCGGGAGAGGAGCACGCGGGGUUACUGGCAUCCCUACAGCGAGAGGCUCAUCUGCAUCUACUGCGGCAAGACCUUCAACCAAAAAGGGAGCCUGGACCGCCACAUGCGGCUACACAUGGGAAUCACGCCGUUCGUGUGCCGGUUCUGCGGGAAGAAAUACACGCGCAAAGACCAGCUGGAAUACCACAUCCGGGGGCAUACGGAUGACAAGCCUUUCCGCUGCGAAGUGUGCGGCAAGUGCUUCCCUUUCCAGGGCACCCUGAAUCAGCAUUUACGAAAAAACCACCCCGGCGUGGCGGAGGUGAGGAGCCGGAUAGAAUCGCCGGAAAGAACAGAGGGCUACGUAGACCAAAACGACGCUUCGGGGUCAGAAGUGAACCUGGACUCCAAUAUUGAAAUUCACACAGUGGCGACCACGCCCGAAUAACACCUAGGUGCCGCGGCACACUGUACAAAGCACACGGAAACGUUAAUGCCUAUUUUUACUACUUACUGCUUAUUUGGUAAUCUCUCUUUAGUACAGCAGAAGCCGCUCCCUGAUGCUUUGUUUUGUGGGAAUGCUUCUUGCUAAUACAAAGACUUUAUAAAAUAUCUGGAUGAUACACUAAAUGUACUUGUUUUACAUCGGGGUUCUUUUUUUUUUUUUUUUUUUAUAUAUAUCAUUUUGUCCUGUUUUUAUUGCUUUUUUUAAAGGAGACAGGGUACAGUUGCACUCCUGAAGAAGCAUAUAUAUAUCUAGAGGCAAAAAGUGAGGGUUCCUGGGUUUUUUAUUUGGUCAUUUGGUGAAUGAUUGUUUUUAUCGUAAUGAAAGUGUUUAUUAAAUGAGAAAUUCUAUCUAUCUCUAUGGUUUAUGAAUAGCUGUGCUGUAAGGGUAGACGUAGAGGCAGUGUCUGGCCGUCUACUGUCAUUUCUACACUUCCAAAUAUACAGGUUACUUGCAGUAUUAGUGCAUAUGGACGGGAUUCAGUAGGUUAUAUGGCUGAGCAACACCAAAUACUGCUGGACCUAUUCCGGUCACUUCUGUGGUGUUACAGCUCCGCCUGGCAGGAACCCAUAUUGUGCAGGUUGUGCUAAAAUGUGUGAUAUCACCAUUCAACACAUAACCGAUACAGUUUCACCAUUAUAUAAAGCCACCAAAGCAAAUAGAUCUUUUUGGUGCAUAAAUUGUGAACUUGGGGGUCGAUUCAAUUCGGCAACUUAUGAAUAGCGCCGGGAAUUAGCUCCCGACGCUAUUCAAUUCAGCUCCAGUUAAGUCUGCGAUGGCCCGUUCUCGCCGACUAAACAGGUUGAAUUGUCGGGAGAACGAGCAUUCUCCGACUUAACUCCCCGGCGCGAGGCUGAUUCCCGACAGAAUCAGCCUCGCGCCGGCCGCGAGGCAGCACUUUUGUCGGGUUUCUUCUCUCAUCCCCCGGGGAUGAGAGAAGAAUUCCCGACAAUUGCGGGUAACUAGCAGCUGAAUUGAAUAGCGUCGGGCGCUAUUCAUAAGUUGACGAAUUGAAUCAACCCCUUGGAGUCUUGCAUCAUCUGUAAGGACGUUGCUAUGUGACCCAUUCGUGAACGCCUAUAGCUAAAUCAGGAAUUGUGAUCAUGUUUUUAGAAUAUCGGUCCUCCACCCCACUCCCCACCCUUGUUGGCCAAACUGCCUUGUAAAGGAUGAAAGUGCGGUGCUGUCACUGGUCAUAAUGACAGCUGUUCAUAAUCAUAUAAAGUUAUAUUGUGUAGAGAAACGAAUGUACGAUUGAAGUCUGAACUUCAAACGCUCGGCAGUAACCGGGGCCCUAUUUGAGGGGAUUGUCUUUAUUUCCUGUGAAGUGAGCUCUUCGCAGUCUGCCUCUCGUCACACAGCGCGAUUCACAUGCCAAACGUCUAAUUGGAUGUUGCUGAAAAUGUUUCGUUCUGUCGCCGGCAGGCCGAGCUGCGGUUUGUGGUGCUGAAUUAUAAUGUUUUGGGUUGUUUUUUUUUUAGUUCUACGUUUGUUCCUGGCUACAUUACAUUUAUACUGUACAGAUACUACUUUUUGCCAAGCUACCGGAUUAUUACACUGCAGGCUGGGAUAGGGUCCAUAAGGGGCAACAUGUUUUGCCAGAGGCAGGGCAAUUCUCCCGGUGUCCAUCCGUCCGCCAUAUACUACUCCAUAGGCCCAAGCCACUUGUUGGGCGUAGUUUUGUUUUGUUCAGUGACACGUGUAAUGGUUAUGGAAAGCAGAGAACGCCCGGUUAGGGGAAUUAAAUCCCCCAUACGUGUUCUCUACUGGUCUCCUCCAAGAUUUGACCCUCAGUCCUCCUGUUGUGUUUUCUUGUGUCCAUAGCUUUCUGCUACUAGGGGGAUUCCGAAUAUUAUGACGAUGAUGCAGCAGAAAUGUUUAAAAAAGUAAAAUAAAAUUGAAUUGUAGUUUUUUUUCUUUAGUUUUUUUUUUUAGAAUUGCUCCAUAACUCGCCCCACGAGGAAUUUAGUGGUUGUGUAUUAAACACAAUUAGGAAGGAAUCUCUCUUCCCCUGUACUAUCAAGCUGCAGCACAAACGUCACGCAGGGUCUUCUCACACUACACGUACGGCGCACUACACACAAUGCAACGGCUGCUGUUAUAGGCUGAAAUAAUGUGCGUGCAAUCGCUAAACACGGACCCCACAGCCAGGGUUUUAGUCUGACGGCAGCCUGUAGCCGAGGGAGCCAAAGCAUUUUGUUUUUUAAAACACUAAGAGUGUGAAAUCCCUGCUAUGUGUCACAUCGGUGCCGUCUCUCCCCUUGCGGUGUUUAUCCGUGUGACUGUCCACUGUACGGAUAGCAGCAGGGGUCAUUUCUCCUCCUCUCACUUCCAUGGACUGUACCCUUUAUGAAUAGACACUAGAGUAGUACUCACACGCACGGCCCUGAGUGCUGGUCUUUCCUGCGGUUUGGACACAUGGAACCUCCUCUGCUAAUACGCCAAUGCUUUCCGAGAGAGAACGCGCCUGUAAUCCUGCGAACGUCUCUCCUAGGGUGCCGCUUACUGAUCUAACCUUUACAGCUGUGUAUUUAUACAAAUGUGAAAACUGCUGGAAUCAGCGUUUUUUUUCUUCUUUAACUCCAGAUAAACCUCGUAGGUCUUACUGUAUAUCCCGUGUGUUCCUGUCUCCGCAAAUGAGCCUCUCUGUGCAGUGACAUCCCACAGGCCGUAGCGUAACAGCGGGAGGUCCGUCAUGCAUUGACAGACGUACGCAGCUGCGUGGCCACACAUAGAACCUCUAGUUACACAAUGGCUUUCCUGCGAGAACUUUUAUCCUACCCAUUCCUUGAGCCAGCUGUUGUAAGAAAGGUAUUUAAGCCAUAAUGCAGAACUGUUUGUUACUUAGUGAUACGUUAUUUUCUCCUGAAGCUUCUCUGUGCACAAGGUUUCCUCUUCCUCUCCCCCUGGUGUUACAUUGACGGCAGAUAAGAACCACUUUGGCCCAUCUGGUCUGCCCUUUUUUCAUUUCUCUUUUUGGCAACUGCAGCCCUGUUUGUUCCUUGGGUCUUUGGGAGGAUAUCCUUAUGCCUGUUCCAACAGAGUUUAAAUUGCUGUACUGUAUUAGCCUCUACCACCUCUGACGGUAGGCUGUUCCGCUUAUCCACUACCCUCUCUGUGAAGCCAUUUUUCCUCAGAUUCCCUCUGAACCUACCUCCCCACGGCGUCUGCGCAUAUCCACGUGUGCUCGGCUCCAGCCCUGCACUGACUGGCUAUUUCUACGGGGACUGCAGCGUAACCUCACCACAACUAUAAUACAGUAACAGCAUAGUUACCCCGUCAGUGAUGUGUGUGACUUGUUACACCUGCGGUAGCUCCGGUGUAUAGUAAAUGUGGCGGCUGACUCUCGCAGAUAGAUCAUAUUGUGCCUUGCCACGGUAGGGUUUUCAGUUUAAGGUGCAACCGCGGAGUAGGGCGCAGCGGAUUCAUUACUCGACCUAUUAAUUUCCUGAGAGCCGGUAAUCAUUUCUAGCUUAUAAAUGAAUAGGCGUUCUUACAGCAGUACGGUCAUCUGCCGAGCGUAACAACCGGACCUUCCGGCGCACAAAUCAUUCUGUCCAGUAAUACGUUGCUGCACCACUGUUACACCUACGACACAAUAAGCGCACACCCCGCGCCCUUUUCCAGCCGCCAGACCCCCUCAAGCCUCACCUCAAGCUACUUUACAUUUAAAGAAAUGUGAAAUAAUACUUUUUUUAGUUUUUUCCUUUUCGUGUCUUAAAACAAAUAGACAUAUUUAACCUGUAAUGACAGACUGUGAAAUCAGACGUUUAUGCUCUUCUCGUUAUAUAGUUUGUUAGUUUCUAAUGUUCCUGAACGCUGCGAUAUUCUGCAUCGUGCGGCGGCGGCUUUGUGUAUAGGUAUACGGACUGUUUUGUAAAUACACUAUCCGUGGUAUUCCAGUUCCGAACCUCCGGUCUCCGUUGCACUCCCACCCAUGCGGAUUACACGCAACAAGUCACCUCCGCAGCAAAAGCCGCUCAAUGCCAAAUCCCAGAUUUAGUUAUUUGUUUUUUAAAAGGUGUGGCUAAUUUGUAACGCAGGAAGAAACACCCAAACCAAGGGCUGCGGAUAAUGCUAUAUCACACGAGCUUUACUUAAAGACAUAUUUAAUUCCUUUUUUUUUUUCUUUUCAUUUUUAUAAAUAUAUAUAUAUAUAGACUGUGAUAUAGUUAGUGUCAUUAUUUUAAGGGUUUUCUCAAAACAGAACCCACCGAAAGGGACUCAAAUAUGCAACCCCUAAUCUAUUUUCUAAGGGAACCUUCCCCUUUUAAUGGUGCUUUUUUGACUGGUCAGGAUUAUUUAUUAAAUUUUAUAUAUAAUAAAAAAAAAGUAUUUGGAGAUUUUACUUGUGUGUAAAUUCUUUAUAUAAUGUCAGUUGAUAAAAACCAUAUAUUUCAUAUAACUAAGAGAGUGAACAGCGAUGUUCCGUAUCAAGUCAUUCAGAAUGUUGGAUAUUUGGACCGUUUGGGGAGAAGACGUAAUUAUGGGGCUGUUCCUGUGAAUUAUAACCGAUGCUGGCGUGGUCUCCAGGCUGCGUUCCUGUCCUUUAGGCACGAUGAGCAGAUAGUCCGCAGAGGGGUCGCCAGGAUUGGCCUCGUAUAAUAAGGGAUCACACACCACGUACUGUGCGUAUACAUAUUAUAUGUAUGAUGUUACUGUUGUAUUGUGACUAUAUAAAGGCAACCGCUUCUAUAUAAGUCACAUGAAUCUAUAUGUUACACAGGCGGUGCGUUAUUCCUUACAAUGUGCAUUUAUGUCACAAUGUAUUGGUUUGCGCCUACUUUAAAGAGCUCUGAUUGGAUAGUUAAACAUGGCCAGCGUAUGCUAUAAACUUGUCUUAUAUGGAUAAUGAAGUGAUUCUGAAAGUGAAGACUUUUAUUCUGGUGGAUUAGGGUGACGUGGGUAUUGUUUGCAGAUGGCGUCAGCACAGCAAUCCAGAUCUGUGAUACUGAGCGAUACGGAAACGGUCAUUAUAUGAUAUAAAUUGUACAACAGGGCUCCUGUAAUGUGAUGGGGGAUAUUGCAUCGUUAGAGGGUCUCUCCCCGGGGGUCAAUAAAUAUGCAAAUCUUCUGAAUGACGUCCGUGUUAUUAGCGCCUCCGGGGCCAGCGUACAGGCCGGUACCAGGAGGCGCUAACUUGCAAUAUAAACCAGUAACCUCACACCUCCACACUUCUGUAUGAAGUAUCUCAAGCUCGCUACGAAAUAUGCUGUAACAACUAAUAACUUGCCAUUAAGGAUUAUUUUAUAGCAUGACUUUUAAAAUAUUUAUUCAAAUGAUAUUUUACUCUUGUAUUUUUAUUUUUAAGAUUUGUGAUA